AUGCCAAGACGUAGGAAAACUGUCGGACAGGUCAGUGUUUUGUAGCAACAAACAAACGUGUUCAAAACCAAAAUCUCAAAGAGAAUUUUACGGAGAAUCCGACGCUGCUCCUCUCGAUUUUUGCUAAAGAGCACUGGCUGGCGAGAAAAUCUGCCUGUUUCUGCCACAUUUUCUAGCAAGUUCAUCUUCGGCGACGUGUAUCUCAAGAACCACGCCGCCGUUGCAAAAGUGGUCAACUAGUAAGUUAACGAAAAUUAUCUCGUGAAUAACUUUGUAGUUGAUCGUAUAUUUUUAAAAAAAUUAGUUUUCGAGUUAUCCUCGCUUUUUUCUUGUCGCUCUAGGAAAACAGUUCAUAACUCGAAAACUAAUUUUUUUUAAAAUAGACGAUCAACUACAAAGUUAUUCACAAGAUAAUUUGCGUUAACUUACCAGUUGACCACUUUUGCAACAGACGCGUGGUUCUUGAGAUACCGAAGAUGAACUUGCUAGAAAAUGUGGCAGAAACUGGCAGAUUUUCUCGCUUUUCUCUAGCAAAAAUGGAGAGUAGAUUCGGAUUCUCCGUAAAAUUCUCUUUCGAAUAUUCCAAAAGCCCCGAAGGUAAGUGCGGGCCAUUCCCUAGUUAGUGUCGUGAAAAAAUCGAUCCUCUGAUCCACAUAUCUCGGUCUGAAACUCGGACCCAACAUACUUCAGUCCAAGGCCGAAAAGCCUGCAAAGUUUGGAUCGGAUCUCUUUUCCCAAAAUGCUGCAGUGUAGUUGCCUUCAACUUUGUCAUUUUCCAAUGAAAAUUGAGCCACUUCUCUCUCUCUCUUUUCCCCCAACACGAACAAAAAAUUUGUCAUCGCUCCUGCAUGCGUCCGUCCGUUCACGUCAUCAGAGAAAUAUGGCCCGAAGGGGUGCUAAAUGCAAAUUACUCCCCUCCUCGCUCUCCCUCUUCUUCUUCUCCUUCUUCUUCUUCUUCUGAAUUCAGAUGACGUCGUUCUUCUCCUCCCUCUUUUUCUUCUUCUUCUUCUUCUCUCCAAAAUGACAUCAUCAUUUAUUGGAGAGCUAGAGCCCCACGCAAAAAUAGCCACCGUCUCGUUUCUCUGCGCUUCUCGUUCCCUCUCUCUUUCGCCGGCGGCGCCGCCACGGACGGAACCCCCCCGUUUUGGUGACGACCGAAAACAAAAUGACGUGAAAAAGUGGGCGGGGCACUGGCGGGCAGCGAAAAAGGGGCGAAGCCUAAGAAGAAGAAGAGGAAGAAGAAGGAACACUCGCAGUUUUGUAAAAGAAGAAGACGACUAUUCUUGAAUAUUAUUAUUAUUAUUAUUAUUCUUACUUUUUGAAAAUGCGUGGGCGUCGUAACCGUACCCUCAUCUCCUAUGAUCAACACGGCAACAUUCAGAAAAGUGUGAGUUGGACAUGCACCUCAUUUCCGCAUUUUUAACUCUAAAACCCAGCUCGAACACCUUUUUUCGUGUGCAAACUGUGACUGACUCACAGUGUGUGUGUGAUUGUGUGAACUCUACAAAGUCCAGUGCCAAACCGAAGCGAUGCUGCCAAAAACAAACAGAAUCGAAUAGUGUCCGUUUAAGAAAGUUCCACAGUUGGCAAAAUUGGACAAAUAAAUGCGCGUGCGCCGGGCAAAUCUCCCUCCUCCCUUUGACACGUUUUUGUUAGCGGAGAUAGGAAGGACAUAUCGAAGAUUGGGUUUGGGAAGCAUUUCAUAAAAUUACCCAACUUUCGCUCGCGCUCGCUGUCAUUUUUGCAUAAUUUUAACAUUUUUAUCGACGCUAUCUCUUUUCCCGCCACUUUUUUAUCGAAUGCAAACAUAAAUAAACCAGCACAAAAGUGAUAAUGCAAUUUUCGCGUUUUCUCACUCUUAAAAAGCAACGUUUUUAAAAACCUGAAAUUUGCAGUUGGCACCGCACGUCUCAUCGAACCGAAUGCGUGGAAACGGAAACGGAAAUCACCAGAAUGGCCAUCAACUCGCCGAGCAACAGCCGCAAGAGCCCUACAAUCCGCAGAGGACCACUCUUCUCACCAAGGGACAGGUUAGACGGGCUUUCGUAUAGAAAUGUUCAGCGGGCCCAGUUUUGAAAUUCUCCAGAAACUGUAAUAGUUGUCCGAAUGGCACACACACGACAUUUCUAAAUGAAAAAGUCAAUUUUCACUUUUUAACUUCCGUAGUGACCGGGACCUAGAAGAUGCUGAAAAAAGGGCUCGAUUACACAUGUAUUUUAUUGAUUUUUUGUUGAAACCGCAAUUUUUUUUUGGUCCAGACACUCAGUCUCGUCGAUAAACUUAUUUAGGGGGGACACUAGAAAAAUCGCAAAACAAGUCGAUUAAUUUCGCGCCAAAAAAAGCGUACUUCCUCGUGAACAUUGGCUGCCAAUCUACCAGUCGCUCCUCGAAAAUAACAGGUUUUUCCCCGUAGGCGCCAAAAAGUUAAAAAAAAUGGAGGAACGUUACAACUUUAAUUAAUUACACCCCCCGAAAAGGGAUCAGCGAUCGGGGAUCCAAAACAGUUUUAGAUAUUAUAGGAUUCUGGAAAAAAUAGCGACAAACAUUUAAUCACUGUUUCAAAAAAAUGUUUGAAAGUUUUACUCGGUUCUCAUAAACAUUUAGCCUCUUGUGCUAUCGUAGCGCGACCAAAAAUCUCAUUCGUCUAAAAACCACCUGAUCAAACAGUUUUACACACUUUUACGCCCUCCCUCGCCGUCCAAAACAAGCUUUUUCUCUUCGCCGAUGACGUCGAAUGGAAUGUCUCUGUUUCUCUCGUACCCUCCUCUUUUCGCGUACUCUCUCGUCGGCGGACGCAGAAACUGAGACGCAAACACAGCCUUAAUGAGGCGAGGAAAACGAGCGAAUAUGAGCGAUUUGAUGGCUGGAAUUCACAGAAUCGCGGGGGGAUCUGCAAAUUAUGAUGGGAAAUUUUUGCGAAAAGCCAAUUGCUGAAUUUCAGAUGUGUCGCCUACGCGCCGUGCUCGAAGAACGCGUUGAAAUCCACGGACGCGGCAAUUUCCCGACAAUCUCCACAAAACUCGUCGAUCUGAUUCGGUGUUUGAGGCAGUACAUGGGGUAAGCAAUCGAUUGAAAAUUUUGCGCAGAGCAGCUCUGUCUCUUGCCACGUUUCCGUGUCUUCCGAGAUAAUCGCAACAAAAAAAACGGUUGCAGACGAGUGCAAGUGCCGGCGAAAAACGUGCGUUUGAACGGUGGAGCCGCCUCUUUCGUCGCCUCUUCGGACGAUUUCAGUUACGCGGACCUCGAUCUCAUUUUUCCGAUUCAAAUGCCGGAAAAUUCGGACGAAAACGCCGAACGAGUGAUGUUCGACUCGAUCCGCGACGCCGUCUUCAUGACCAUCCGCGAACUGAUGCCCGACAAUAUCGGAAAGGAGAAAUUCGAUUUCGAGACGCUCAAGGACGUUUAUAUCAGAAAAAUGAUCAAGGUAACACAUUGAGAAGCUAAAGGCGCAGAAAAUUAUAACAUUUUUAAAAAGACCGCGUCUAAAGCGUUUGACUCGCGAUUUUGAUUCGCUUCUAUUCGGUUUCCCGCAUUUUUUAGCUCGAAAUCAAUAGAAGAAAUGAGGGGUCUUUUUAGCCCGGGCGCUGCUUAAAUUUUCCUAUCCAUUUUUAUCGAAAAAAAACCUCUAAGAAAUCGCAAAAAUUACGCAUUCCUUUGCAGGUUUCCGCCGACAGUGACACGUGGUCGUUGUUCUCGCUGAACAACGAAUUCGGCCGGUGCAUCGAGCUGAAAUUCGUGAACAAAAUGCGGCGACAAUUCGAAUUCUCCGUCGACUCGUUCCAAAUCCAUCUCGAUCAAUUGCUGGACGAUUUUGAGGGAUGCGAACAGAAACGAGUGACCAUCGAGAGCAUGUACGGCGAUGUUCAGCAGGUAUGUCGCCCAGACCAUUUUACUAUUGUAGGGGCACCGCACAGAAAUGGCGCUCUGUUGAGAAACUCUUUUUGCAGUGCAAAUUGAGCGACCUCGGGGCCGAGUUUGAAAAGUUAGGCCACGUUUUCAGUGGAAAAUUUCAGCGCGCCCUUUCUGUCCGGUGCCCCUAUAAUAUAAUGUAGAGUCAUUCAAAAACUUUUAGUGCUAUUUUUGAUCGAUUUUGAUCAAUUUAUCAUCAAGAAAAUUCAAAUAAAAAAUUUAGGCGAUGACCCAUCUGCAAGAACGUCUCAUCGACACCAUAAAGCCGGAGGAAAUUCGCGGAGGCGGCCUUCUCAAGUACUGUCACCUCAUCGUCCGCGGCUAUAAACCGUCGCGGCCGUGGUACACGAGAAAGUUGGAAAAGUGAGUGACAAUCCGACAAUUUUUGCGUGAAUGUUGUCUCAUUGACUUUCUUGAUGAUAAACGCGAUCAACAACGAUUUCAGGUACAUGUGCUCGCGCUUCUUUAUCGAUUUCCCGGACGUGUGCUCGCAAGAAAACAAGCUCCGCAACUACCUGGACUCGCACUUUGGCACCUCGUUCAACGGCGCCACGUACGAUCAGUGGUCCUCGAGCGGAUCGGACACCGACUCGGAGGCGUCGACCUCGCAGGCGACGACUUCUUCUCUUCUGGUCACCGGACAGGCCAAGUACGACUUCCUCAUGCUCCUCUACCGGGUCAUCGACGAGAGCACCGUCUGCUUGAUGGCCCACGAACGGCACAUGACACUCAACAUGAUCGACCGCGUCGCUUUUCAGGUUUGUGCCUCUUUCUGUUGAACUCUGUCUGAACAUUGAACUAUUUCGGUCUGAAAUUAUCGAAAACACUCGAAACUGGAGUCCGUGACGAAAGGUCGGAAAACCAAAAAGGUCGGAAAGCCAAAAGGUCGGAAAAAAGUGACAAAAGGUCAGAAAAAAAACGCCAAAACGUUGCAAAAAAAAUUCCAAAAAAUCUGAAAAAAGUGACAAAGGAAAAACUGCUAAAAUACCUGUUUUUUGACUUUUUGUAAUUUUUUUCAGACCUUUUGUAAUUUUUUUCAAACCUUUUGGCGUUUUUCCGACUUUUUGUCAUUUUUUUCCGAUCUUUUGGCGUUUUUUUCCAACCUUUUGGCAUUUUUUCCGAACUUUAGUCAUUCCGACCUUUUCGCUUCCGACCUUUUUGGUUUUCCGACAUUUUGUCACGGACUAGUGCAGAAAAAUCCAGUCAAAACCGCACUCGCAUCAUAUUCGACGAAAAAAUUCGAAAAAAAAAUCUCAAAUUUUUUGCAGCUCUCAAUGCAAGUCUACACGCCGCCCACAUUCUCGUCCGGCUCCUCCACUCCGCCCCGAACGACGUUGUUCUAUUUGCCGCCGGACGCGACCGCCUGGAUCCCAGUCAUUUGA